AUGGCCCAGCCAGGUCCCCAAGACGAAAGACGCCCCUUGACGCGUCCAGCGGACCAACCCAGCAGCUUCCUGAGGCGCCAAGCGGGGGCCAUCAAGCGGUGCGCCAUCGCCGCCUCCUAUCCCCUACGUGGCAUCUGGUUCUUUGUGCGCAGCGGUGAAUACUGGCCACUGUUCUUUGGAAGGCUGUUGCCCCUGUCGCUAAUAUCGUGUCUGGUGUAUCUCAUCCUGUUCACGUUCGCUUUCCUGCCGCAGCUCGCCUUCCUGGCGAUUUUCCAGGGGCGAGGCGCGUGGGUCAAUGCGACGUUUCUGGUGCUCGGUGAGGGGCUGGUCAUCAUCCAGGGUCUUUUUGAAGGCUUCUUUGUAGACGAGUGUCGCGUGGAUGUGUUUGAUGCUACGCUCAUCAAGCUCUCAUGGACGGACCUUGUCUCACCACAUCGUGUCCUGUACCCAGACGCCCCCAAUGCGGUCAAGAUGCUUGGGAAACCGACGUCAUCCGCCGUGUAUACGCCAUGGAGUAUCGUCCAGAUCGUCGAACUCGCAUGUUGCCUGCCACUGAAUUUCAUCCCCUGGUUCGGCACACCCAUGUUUGUCAUCAUCACGGGGACACGCCUGGGCAAGCUGUCCCACUAUCGAUGGUUCCAGCUGCGUGGAUUCUCCAAGCAGGAGCGCAAGGUGGAGGCGAAGCGUCUGGCUUGGGAAGAUGUGUGGUUUGGGACGGUGGCCAUGAUCCUGGAGCUCAUCCCGAUUCUGUCCUUCUUCUUCCUGCUUACGACCACGGCGGGCGCUGCCAUGUGGACAGUGCGUAUUGAGGAGGGCCGGCGGUCCGUUGUGUCUGAGGAAGCGGAGCGAGCGGGGGGACCGAGUGAGCAGCCCCCAGCAUACACUGAUGUUGUGUGA